GUUAUUCCGUAUAGUGAAAAUUUCCCUUUUUCGUUUGCUCACCACUGAAAGUCUGAAACCUUGCUACGAGAGAUCGCAAAUAGCAAAGAAGAAUUUUAUUGUAGUGAAAACAAGGCCAUAACAGCACUUGAGGAAAUGACCGAAAUGGAGGUGGACGAUGAGGCUGAAGCCAUUAUUCACCAUAAAAACCUAGUAGAUGCUGUAUUUUCUUGGUCUUUUGAGGAUGUUCUUAACAAGGACCUUUACAAGGACAAGGUGCAGCAGAUACCUCUUGAAUUUCAGUCCAUACCUUCUUAUAUGAGAGCAUUUGUUCUCCCUCUUAUCGAGGAAACACAUGCUGAUUUGUCUUCUAGCAUAGAUACAGUGUCAAAUGCAUCUACAUAUAGCAUAAUGUCUAUUGAGGCUGAAAAGGAAGAGAUUGAGUAUGAUGAGCCGUGUAGGGAAACAAAAUACACUAUUGAGAUUGAAACAACAGAGAUUGAGAAUGAUGUGUCACGUGAACCUGAGAUGGGAGAUCUCAUUGCCAUUACAGAUGUAAGACCAAAAUGUGUUGAAGAUCUCAACAGGCCCACAAUGCCCUACUGUAUUGCCCUAAUUCAGAAGGUGACAAAUGAAAAAGACUAUAUUAAGCUUCGGAUUCUAUCAUCAAAACCUAUAUUGCUUGAACAAGGCAAUAAGAUAAUCAGGGAAAACAACACUCUAUUUGCAGUUUUCCUUAUGAACAUAUUGACAAAUAUUCGCAUUUGGACUGCAUUGAACUUGGUGCCAAAAGAGAGGAACUUGAAAAUCAUUGAGAAAGUGCUGCAACCUGAUUCUACUAGUAAAGAAAGAUGUAGUCAAUGCUUAAAAAAUGGGACAUAUUAUGCUUCUAAAGGCCAAGUACUUGCAUCCACUCGCUCUAUGGAUCUUAAUGAAUCCCAACAAGAGGCAAUAGAGAAAUGUUUUGCAAUGAAGUAUUGCCGCCAUGAGAGUACAGCCAAACUAAUUUGGGGUCCUCCUGGAACAGGAAAAACAAAGACAAUAUGUGCGUUGUUAUUUGCACUUUUAAGCCAGAAAUGUCGAACAAUUACUUGUUGUCCAACUAACGUAUCAAUAGUAGAAGUUGCUUUGCGGCUUUUGAGACUGGUGAUGGAAUCACUUGACCCUCAUUCUUACGGCUAUGGCCUAGGGGAUGUAGUUUUGUUUGGGAACAGAAAACGGAUGAAAUUCAAUGAUGAAAGUGAACUUAUUCAUGUAUUUCUUGAUCAUCGUGUUAUAGUCCUAAAAAGGUGCUUUGCUCCUAGUUCUGGCUGGACUCAUUUAUUGGAUUCACUGGUGUGUUUAAUUCAAGACUCUGAACAGCAAUAUCAGUUGUACUUAAUGAAUGGUCAAGAGGAAGAUGUUGCUGCUGAAUUUGAUCAUGGAGAAUACAGUGAUGAAGACAAUUUCAUUCCUUAUGGUUGUGAUGGUGCAAAGGAUAAAGGCUUCAAAAGUGAUGAGAGCAAUAGAAUAUGGCAGGAAACCAUUGCCAAAACUUUGAAAUUAAGCAGAAAGGAGAGUAGAAUUGCCAGACGGGGUGUCCAGGCAAAAAAGUCUGUUCCGAAGGACUGGAACCUUCCUAGAAGUAUAUUCAGAUUAAAUUUUGAGGAGUUUUUGAUAAAGAAAUUCAACUGUAAAGCAAAGGCUAUGAAGUUUUGUAUUGUGAACAUUUUAAGUCACUUACCAACUUCACUCCUAUCCAUGGGAGUGGCAAAAGACAUGACAAAAGCUUUAAAGUCACUGGGAAAUCUUCAUAGUUUACUAAAUAGCUAUACUGCUGCCGGGAGUAGCUUAAGAGAAGUCCUGGUUAAAAGAAGGGGUGAGCAACGAAAUGCCAGUGGAUUUACUGAGCUGGAAUUGGUCAAAGAUGAGUGUCUACAGAUUCUCAAAUCCCUUCCUAGGCGCUUCUUUGACAAUGUAGGUGAAUUUUCAAUAAGAGAAAAAAUCUUAGAAAAUUCAUGCUUGCUUUUCUGCACUGUCUCCUCUUCCAUCAAAUUACACAGUACAGAAGUGGAGUUGUUGGUGAUUGAUGAAGCUGCUCAGCUCAAAGAAUGUGAAUCAACUAUUCCAUUGCAAAUUCCUGGUCUCUGUCAUGCCAUGCUUUUUGGGGAUGACCAGCAACUGCCUGCCUUGGUCAAAAGCGAGAUUUGUAAAGAGAUAGGUUUUGGAAGAAGCUUGUUCCAAAGGUUGGCAUCACUAGGUUGCAAGAAGCACCUUCUCAAUCUCCAGUAUAGAAUGCACCCAUCAAUAAGCUUAUUUCCAAACAAGGUAUUCUACCAAAAUCAAAUUUUGGAUGCUCCAAAUGUGAAAAGUGAAAUAUAUCAGAAGCAUUUCCUUCAAGGUGACAUGUACGGCACUUACUCUUUUAUUGAUGUACGAUGUGGAAAUGAGGAAGUCAUAAAUGGGCAUAAGUAUAGAAACAUGGUCGAGGUAGCAGUGGUUUGUGAGGUAGUUGCAAACCUCUUCCAAGAAUGUGCCAUGUUGAGACAAAAGCUCACUGUUGGUAUCAUAUCACCGUAUGCUGCCCAAGUUGAUGCGAUUAAAGAGAACCUUGGUACGACAUAUAGCACAGAUGGAGAUAACAACUUUUCUGUUGAUGUUCGCUCUGUAGAUGGCUUUCAAGGUGGGGAGAAGGAUAUAAUUAUUAUCUCAACUGUGCGAUCUAAUGGGAGUGGAUCUGUUGGCUUCCUUACUAGCAGUCAAAGAGCGAAUGUUGCUCUGACUAGAGCAAGGUAUGCCCUAUGGAUAUUUGGCAAUGGAGCAACUCUUAGAAACCGCAACUCUGUUUGGAGACAAGUUCUUAAUGAUGCAAAGAGUCGGCAGUGUUUCUAUGAUGCUUGUGAAGACAAAAACCUUGCAAAAGCCAUGGCAGCUUCAUUGGUAGAUGUUGACAUAUUGGAUAUCAGAAUCUAUUUAGAAUCGCAACUGUUCAAAAAGGCAAUAUGGCAGGUUAGUAUCCAUGAAAACUUUUGGAAAUCUAUGGCAAGAAUCAGUAGCAUAGAUGUCCGUAAAAAGGCAAUAUCUCUGCUAAUGAAGCUUUCAGAUGAUCGGCUGAUGCCUCAGCAUAAUCAGGGCUCUCCUCCAUCGGUGUAUGAGAUCGAUGGCCUAGUCUAUAUUCUUGCAACCUUUGACACCAUAAAGGAGGCUUCCGAUCAUACUGGAAUUAUCAAGGUAUUGGAUAUACGACCAUUGACUGAUCCUCUGCUGCAAUUAUGUGGGCGAUUUGCUGGCCUCUCUCUUAAAGGAUAAACCGUAACCAUAGCUGGAGUGGAAGCUUACAAUGACUUACCUGCACUCGCUCUGGUACUUUUUGUCUCCACAUUGCACUUGCAUCUCUGAAAUUUUUGCUGUUUCACAUGUAUAUAUCUUCUUUUGGAUCAACCAUUACAUGCUAUCUCCAGGGCCUCUGGAUGCAGGUGCCAACAUUGUUGAACCUUGAACGAUUAGAUUUACCCGAGUAUAUAAGUGAGAUUUAAGGGCCAAUAUUUUUGCA